UUUUUGUUUGUCGCUCCGAAGAGGAAACCCUAAUUUUGUUUUGAAGCUUCGAACGAAACCCUAACAAUGGCGGAAGGUCUCGUUCUGAAGGGCACCAUGCGUGCGCACACCGACAUGGUUACCGCCAUCGCUACACCGAUCGAUAAUGCUGACACGAUCGUCUCUUCUUCCCGCGACAAGUCGGUCAUCCUCUGGAAACUCACCAAGGACGACAAGGCGUACGGUGUUCCUCAGAGGCGUCUCACAGGCCAUUCUCACUUCGUCGAGGAUGUUGUCCUCUCUUCGGACGGCCAAUUCGCGCUCUCCGGGAGCUGGGACGGCGAGCUCCGCCUCUGGGAUCUAGCCACCGGUACCUCCACUCGCCGCUUUGUCGGACACUCCAAGGAUGUCCUCUCCGUCGCGUUCUCCCUCGACAACCGUCAGAUCGUGUCGGCCUCGCGUGACCGUUCGAUCAAGCUGUGGAACACCCUCGGAGAGUGCAAGUACACGAUCGCCGAGGGAGCUGGUGAGGGACACCGUGACUGGGUGAGCUGUGUGCGGUUCAGUCCGAACACGCUUCAGCCGACCAUUGUCUCUGCGUCGUGGGACAAGACCGUGAAGGUUUGGAACCUCUCGAACUGCAAGCUCCGUUCGACUCUUGUCGGCCACACUGGUUACGUCAGCACGGUGGCUGUGUCUCCGGACGGUUCUCUCUGUGCGAGUGGAGGAAAAGACGGUGUGGUUCUGUUGUGGGAUUUGGCCGAGGGGAAGAAGCUCUACUCGCUUGAAGCUGGUGCAGUGAUCCACUCUCUCUGCUUCAGCCCCAAUAGGUACUGGCUCUGUGCGGCGACCGAGCAGAGCAUUAAGAUAUGGGAUCUUGAGAGCAAGAGCAUUGUCGAGGACUUGAAGGUUGAUCUCAAGGCUGAAGCAGAGAAGUCUGAUGGAGCUGGCUCUGCUGCAACCAAAACGAAGGUUAUUUACUGCACGAGCCUGAACUGGAGUGCGGAUGGAAACACUCUGUUCAGCGGAUACACCGACGGUGUCAUCAGGGUGUGGGGCAUCGGCCGUUACUAAGGAAACCACCACCGGUAUCAUCUAUCUUGCUCUGCUCUCCGAGCUCUCUAUCUCUCUUUCACAGUUUCACUCUCUUUUUUAUUUUCUGACAAAGAAUCAUAUCAUAAUGUACUUGAGAUUUUGUUUGAAUUAUCUAGCCGAAGGGUGUUUCAUUCCAUGUUAAAUUUGCAGUUUGUUUUUUGGUGGUAAUUCAAUACUGGUUUAUACGGUAAAAUCCAUGUAUGGAAAUAGUUAAAUUUUGUUUUGUGGAUUCUGAAUUAGGGUUU